AGACUUGUGGGUAUCGCCCUCCCGACUUCCUAUCCAAACGGCAGUACUAUCGGGGAAGAACGAAAAUCUUGAGAUCGUGUCCAUUUUAUGGUGCUUCGGACACUUCGAAAAAUCGUCGAGCUGAGCGCCACAUAUGUAUCCGAAUCAUACUUAUGCUGGCUAUCACACCAACACAAUAGGAGUUUGGAACCAGACGUCGGUCUCUCAGAAUUCGCAAGGAAUGGGCUAUGCACUGCCCUUCGUUCAUCCUGAGAUAGCGACAUACGUUGAGAAGGCAACUCUCACAAAUGCUUAUCCAGCCAUGUCGUAUGGAGCGACAGAGGGUGACCUUUAUCACCAACAUUACGCAACUAUCGCGUCCCAGCCCACACAAUGGACACAGUCUACUUUCCAACAGUACAUGCUCACGCCGCAGUAUAACCGCUCCAUCGCGGAUUGCUACGAUCGCCAACGUUCAAGUAUGCCUAACACAACUCGCCCUCCACCCAGUUUGAAAACCGACAACAGUGACAAUACAUUUCAUGCUAGCCUGUCUAUGUUGGAGAAUGCAACUCAGAACUCUGCUGCUGCGUAUACAGCCAGUUGGGUCAGCAGCACAUCGAGCAUUCCUCCGGAGCUGAGAGAUGAGCCAGAGGUACCUUCAUUCAACGGUUCAGCGCACGACGGCUUUCGGGAUGAGCAGCCCAUCGGCCCAAGUGCCAAUCUUGCACCAUCGGUUGGCUCCUUUACGGAUCAGUUUAGCAAGAUGUCUGUGCAGGACAAGCAUUGGCCUGGUCUUGGUAAGGAUGGAGAUAGUGCAAGUGGUGGUGGUAGCGCUAGACGACGUCGUAUGGAGGAGCGCGAGCGUCGCACUAGAGCUUCGCCGAGAGAACUCACGUGGGAAGAGCGUAUUCGAAAAGGAGCUGUUCAGAAGGAACGCGUAGAGCAGCGAGGGUCAGAAAAAUCCGAACGCGAGAACCGAGAAAAUAACAGCGUAAGUGGCCGUGGAGCACAUAAAAGCCAGCGCGUUGGCCGUAUAGCUGAGAGUGGAAAAAUGGAAAACGGUGGAAGAGAUGCUGAAAUCUCUCCUGUGCUAGGAGAGAGAUGUGCAACGUUCAAUCGAAGCAAUGGUGAUCAACCUUCUCGAAGUUUUGGGCCUCGUGGUGACCGCCCAAUGGAUAAAUGUAACUUCGACAUGGGGCCAAGAAUGCCGGACAUGAGGGGUCCUGCGAGUUACAGACAAGGAUUUCCCUUGUUGGUAGCCCGAAAUACGUAUUAUCCUGCUCGACCACCAUUCAUGUGUAUGCCACAACAAGAUCAACGCUUUCGAAACACGUGGCUCGACGCAAACCUUCCGAUCAACUACCCUCCCAUUCCUGUGAUGGACUGCAACUUUCCUCCGUCUUAUGGAUGCCGCGCUCGCGCUCCUGUUGAUGGGCGGGGUGGUUACCGAUACUCUUAUAAAAGCAAUCCUGUCAGAGAAAUAAUCAAAAUCCGUGAAAAGCUUGACAGGAAUCGUCGAGUGGGAUAUUCCGAACCGGAAGCAGUGGAAAACAAACUUGCAGGUCGUGAUGAAGAAGAGAUUUGGGAGGACGAAACCGAAGAAGAGAAGCAAAGGCGUUGGGAUGCUGGAGUUUACUGGCCUUUUGAAAAAGAGAAUCUUGAAAGGGAAAGGCAAGAGAAAGAAACGCUUGAGAAGGAAAAGCUCAAGGAGGGAAGAAUUGAGAAACCGAAUGAUGGGGAACAGUUGGAUGGUGCUAAUCCCGAAGAUGAAAAGAUUGGCAAGGAGAAUGUCGAAGUGAAAGCAAAUGAGGAUGCUAUGGGAGCUCGCUUGGAAGAGACUGACGCUGCCAAAAAUGAGGUGUGUGAAGAGGAAAGCGCUGUUCCUGGCAAAACUGAAGAUAAUAUGCUCAAAGAGGUUACUUCUGGGGAGCUGCAGAAAUGUCGGUGUUCUAUUUUCAUCACUCCAUCUGCGUAG